GCACAAACACACCGCACAUUACAUGCCAGCGGGCACAGCCCCGACCUCCCCCCGCCUCUGGCCCUUCAGCCCUCUGUAACGCCAAGCCACGGCGCCCCACUAUUCCCAAUGGGUGGUUCCUGAGGUUCUUCCUUUUGUCUUUUUUCUCCACAUAGCACUCAUCCUUUCCAUUAAUUCCUUGACCACAGCAUUCAUUCGUCAUGGCCAUCGCUAAUCUUUUCGGACUCUCAACGCCUAUCGACAUUGAUAUCCACCUCAACGGACAGGAGGAGCGGAAGCUGAUCGAGGCCAAGGUGGACAAGGAUAGGAAGGAGAAGUUCCCGUUGUACUUUGAUGGAGAGACCGUUGCAGGAAAGAUCAAUAUCCGAGUCAGAGAUGGCAAGAAGGUCGAGCACAACGGAAUCAAGGUCGAGUUUGUCGGAAGCAUAGAUUUGUUUUACGACCGCGGGAACCAUUACGAGUUCAGGACGAUGCAACAGGAACUGGCUAUGCCGGGGGAACUGCGGAGCAACACUACACUGGAUUUCGAAUUCAAAAACGUGGAGAAGCAAUAUGAGAGCUAUCAUGGCAUCAACGUCAAACUGAGAUACUUUGUGCGGGUGACGAUUCAACGCCGAUUGGGAAAUGUAGUCAAGGAACAGGAUCUUUGGGUGCACUCGUAUGUGAUGCCCGCGGACGGGAAUAACUCGAUCAAGAUGGAAGUCGGUAUCGAGGAUUGUCUUCAUAUCGAGUUUGAGUACAACAAGUCCAGGUACCAUCUGAAGGACGUGAUUGUGGGCAAGAUUUACUUCUUGUUGGUGCGGAUCAAGAUCAAACAUAUGGAGCUGUCGAUUAUCCGAAGGGAGACCACGGGGGCACCACCGAACCAGUACAACGAGAGCGAGACAAUCACGAAGUUUGAGAUAAUGGAUGGUGCGCCCGUUCGUGGAGAGACCAUCCCAAUCCGGUUGUUCUUGAGCGGAUUUGAGCUUACGCCGACCUUCCGUGAUGUCAACAUGAAGUUCUCGGCUCGCUACUAUUUAAACCUGGUUCUUAUUGACGAAGAGAAUCGCCGGUAUUUCAAACAGCAGGAGAUCACUAUCUUCCGUCGACAAGGUAAACGAAAGACCAAACGCCUUUGAGAGUAGCAUGCCCAUUUUCUUGAAAGGUGUGAUGGAAGAUGUUCUCUAAUCUGUCUAUGCUUGCUGUGUUCAUACAAUUUUUUUUUCCUUCCUUUGGCAAUAGUUGAUGAUGAGGUUGUGGAUGGGCCAGCGCAGAUCCAGGCGGUGUAAAAGGAUACAUAGUAGAUUUUUUACUUGGACCCAUGUAAUAAAAGUACUGGUAAUUUGUGCAGGGAAAAGAAGUGUACGCACGAGUCAGGGGUGCACUAAGGCUGGUCUGGCACAUGCAAAAACUCCCACG